UUAAUAUUUAUUAUUUAGAGAAUAAUAAUUAUUAUUAAAAUUUAAUAACACGAGAUAAACUAUUAUUGUGACUAUUUUUAAAUUAUAAUCGAAUUUAUGCAAGUUGACUGAUACGAAAAAUAUAAAUUAAAUUAUUUAUGUAACAAUUUUGUUUUAAUUUUUGCGAUACUUUAGUUCAGAAUAAUGUCGAAAAAUCUAGUGCAAUGUCAACAGCAUCCAGAUGCCCCGUUGAUUGAAGAUUAUAGAGCUGGCGAUCAAAUAUGUUCAGAAUGCGGUCUUGUGGUUGGUGAUCGAGUGAUAGAUGUCGGUUCUGAAUGGAGGACUUUCAGUAACGACAAAGGUAGCAAUAGUGCUGAUCCUUCGCGUGUUGGAGGGGCAGAAAAUCCAUUACUUAAUGGUUCUGAUUUGUCCACACUGGUUGGUCCUUCAAGAGGUGAUGCAUCGUUUGAUGAGUUUGGUGGUAUGAAGUAUAAAAAUAAAGGCAUGGUUUGUUCAACCAAUCGUUCACUACUUAAUGCAUAUAGAGAAAUUGGCCUUAUGGCUGAUCGCAUAAAUUUGCCAAGAAAUAUUGUGGACAGAGCCAAUGUACUGUUCAAACAAGUACACGAUGGCAAAAAUCUUAAAGGUCGAUCAAAUGACGCAAUUGCGUCAGCUAGUUUAUACAUUGCUUGCAGGCAAGAAGGUGUGCCACGAACAUUCAAAGAAAUAUGUGCUGUUAGUAAAGUUAGUAAAAAAGAAAUUGGAAGAGUUUUUAAAUUAAUAUUAAAGGCACUUGAAACUAGUGUUGAUUUGAUAACAACUGGAGAUUUCAUGUCGAGAUUUUGUUGUAACUUGGGAUUACCAAACAUGGUCCAAAGGGCAGCUACUCAUAUUGCUAAAAAAGCAGUUGAAUACGAUAUUGUACCAGGCCGUUCUCCUAUAUCCGUAGCGGCUGCAGCAAUAUUUAUGGCAUCUCAAGCAUCUGAUGAAAAACGUUCUCAAAAAGAAAUUGGAGAUAUUGCUGGUGUUGCAGAAGUCACAAUUAAGCAGUCAUAUAAACUGAUAUUGGCUAAUGCUACUUUAUUAUUUCCAGAAGACUUUAAGUUUGUGACUCAGAUUUCUGAUCUUCCAACAUCCUAAGUAUUCCUGAUGUAUAGAUGUUACUUAUUCAACUAAACAACAUUUAUGGAAAAUCCUAAAAAUAUAUUUUUCAUAAUUUUAUUGUACAAUUUAUUUUUAUUAAGGCUUGGACUAAAAAAUAAGAGGCUAAUAUAUUGUUUGUAUUUUUAUUUUUAUAAAAUAAACAAAUAUUUGUCUUUUCUA